AUGGUGGUAACCAGAAGUGGUAGAUCCACGCGUGAAACUGCCAAGAAGAUCAAAUUCACAGAUGACGGUGAAAUGCCCGAGCAGGUCGAGGUUUUCAGCGUCGAAUCAACAAGAGAACCUGAAGAACAGCCUCAAGAAGAAAGUGAAGAAGAGUCGGACUCAGACUCUGACGAGGCACCUGAGGCCGAGUCUAUUUCCACAUCCAAACAAGCAUUGAUUCAGAAACAAAAGGAACAGGAACAAUUGAAGCAGGACUUGAGAAAGCAAGAAAGAGAGCGUAGAAAGCAACAGGAUUUGGUGUUUAAGCAACAGCAAGAGGCCAAGAAAGCCAAACUUAAAGAGCUUGCCGCAGCAGAGGAACUACCUGACUUAUUGCCUGAAGAAGCUCUUGAAUCGGAUCACGAAGAAGAAACCAAAAAAGGAAAGCACCUACGCUCCGAGGACUUCGAGAAAGAGCAUGCUGCUAUGCGUAAGAAGAUGAAGUUGGAGAAGUUGAGAUUGAUCAAGGAACAGCGCAAUGCUGCAUUGAAUAAGGGACCUGUUGUUGUGCAAGUGCAGAGGUUCAACUCCAAGAAGCAGGCUCCAAGGGCAGAAAAGAGUAUUCUUGACAGCAAAAAGGCUUGGUUGGAGAGAGCAUCGUUGGGAAAGAAGUAG